AUGGCGCUUCCUGACUGGAUCCUUCCGAUUACUGUCAUCGCAUCCUUCGUCUCGCUAUGUUUAUUUGUUCGUUUCAGACGCACCGGACAACUGCUGUGGAGGAAAGUAAUUAGCAAGAUAAUGGCUCGCACAGAGAAGCCAUUAUUCCGAAUCGCAUACACACUGUACACCAAGACCAGUCUCGGCUACAUGUUUUACAAGAGGCAAAUGAGGAAAGCCCGGGAACGCUACCCGACUGGACACUCCACGGUUCUGCCUGUGCAGUUUACUGGUAUGAAAAUCAUCCCCAUCUCUGUGCUGUCAGACAACUACAGCUAUCUCAUAGUUGACACUACCUCUGGUGUCGCGGCAGUUGUAGACCCAGCAGACCCUCAAACUGUUCAGAGAGUCCUCGAGGAGGAGGGGGUGAUGCUAGAAGCCAUCCUCUGUACACACAAACAUUGGGAUCACAGUGGGGGAAACAAAUUACUGAAAAGGCUUCAUGGCUCGUGUAAAGUUUAUGGAAAUGCAGCUGAUAACAUUCCUGGCCUGACACACCCUCUGUCACACAAGGACUCGGUAACUGUCGGGUGUUUGCACUUUAAGGCCCUCUUUACGCCAGGACACACAGUGGGCCACAUGAUCUACCUGCUGGAUGGCCGGCCACUCGGUGCUCCCUCAAGCCUUUUCUCUGGUGACCUGGUGUUCCUCUCCGGAUGCGGGAGGAUGUUUGAAGGCAGCGCCAAAACAAUGCUGUCAUCGCUCGACACAGUCAGCUCUUUGAAUGAUGAUACUCUUCUUUGGCCUGGUCACGAGUACGCCGUCGACAAUCUGCUGUUCGCUGCCGAGGUGGAGCCACGAAACGCAGCCAGGGAAAACAAAUAUCAGUGGGUGCUGCAGCAACGAGACGAGAAGCAGUGCACGUGUCCAUCGACUGUUGGAGACGAGAAGGCGUACAAUCCUUUUCUGCGCAGCCACUGUACAGAGCUCCAUCUGGCGCUGGGACUCAAGCAGCUGGACGAUGAGGACUGGACUCUGUUUCGGGCUCGCGUCCUGGGGGUGCUACGCAAACGCAAAGACCAGUACAGCAGGAGAUGAUUAAAAAGAAUUGAAAAAAGACAACUGAAUAGUGGAUGGAAGCCAUACUAUCUUGGUUGCUACUGGUUAAACAUACGUUGAGUUUUGCGGUAGAAUGCAAAGUCAAGAACCGGUCCAAGUAUGGGCCAUUCCAUGUUUUUUCCCCCAUCAACUUUCACGCGUCAUCUGUUCAAUGUCAUUUUAUAAUAAUACUAGCAAGUGUCACAUUUCCAUAUGCAUAUUGUGAUCAUAUUGUUUAUGAACACCCCUUAUGAAGGGACAUUUAGCACUGUCAAUUUGCACUCUCUCUCUCUCUCUCUCUCUCUCUCUCUCUCUCUCUCUCUCUCUCUCUCUCUCUCUAUAUAUAUAUACACACACACACACACAUACACACAUAGGUACAACCAGAUUACCCUGUAGAAAAGGGUUAAGUUAUAUUGGACUAUUGUUUCCUGCACAACCUUUUUUAGUCAUCAAAUUGUUAACCUCUUUCUUUUAUCGCUAACCUUCUGUUAUACUGCAUUAGCUUACCUUUCAGUAAAGUGGGACUUUAGUAUUAGUUCAUGUGUAUUAGUAUUGAUAAAGGUUUUCUGCAGGAAUGAUCAAAUGCAUGUUUUUCCCUUUUUAACAUGGAGGUCUUUACCCUUUCUUUUUAUGUGCUAUAUUAGCCUUUUUUAUGUGAAAUUGAAAUGACUGCAUUCAUUUAGGGGGGGGAAAAUAUUCCAAAACUUCUGUUAAUUGCCAACCUCUUUUACAUUUCACUCAUGAAGCAAUCGAAAAUGAUAAAUAAUCAGUGGGCCUCAGUCAGCACAUCUCAUGCAUUCUACUGGAUCGUGUGAGCUAACUGAAAUGUUAUAAGUGUAGUUCAUUUUAGACAUGACUUGGAGCUAUGACGUUUAUAUGGUACAUGUUGUUUUGAAACGAGAUUGGAUUUCAUGUUUAAUAAUGCAGUAAUAAGAGGAAAAUGCCAUGCCAUCGCAACGGAAUGCUUUUAUAAAACUGGAACAUUUUGGGGAAGAACCUUCAUGCAUUGUUUUGAUACAUUGUAUAUUUGAUGGUUCAUUGUACUGUGAUGCAUAUGCCUCUGUAUAAUAUGCACAUUCUAAUCAUGUUGUGCUUUUAACAUUUCAGUUGACUCUUUCAUUAAGAUAAUGUAAUGCAGCCUCUUUCUGUGGGGAUGGGAAAGAACAAACCUGGAAGAUAUGAAAUCUCUUGAAAUUCUUCUUUCUGCCGUUAGUUUCUGCCGUUAAAAACGAAAGCAGUGUCCCCUGGUGACUGUUGACUAAAAUGUUAUUCUGGUUGUUUGAUGCUGUUGCACAUCUGAUUUGCAUAUGUUUGAGUUCAAAACACUACCGCACGGGAAACAGUUUGACUUUAGGUUAUGUUUUAAUGAGGAAAUA